CCACCGGCUGGAGCCAUGACCCUGAACCUGCGCACCGCGCUCAUUUUCGGCUGCUUCAUCUCCCUGAUCGGCGCCGCCUUCUACCCCAUCUACUUCCGGCCCCUAAUGCGGCUGGAGGAAUACCAGAAGGAACAAGCCAUAAAUCGAGCUGGUAUUGUCCAAGAAGACGUGCAGCCACCAGGGUUAAAAGUGUGGUCGGAUCCAUUUGGCAGGAAAUGAAAAGGCUAUCACCACCUCUGAUUAUGAAAGUAGACAGAGUCUUCAUGCUUUCAGUUCUGCAGCAAGUACAGUAAAUCACCUGGCUAAAGAACGAUGCCUGGAGAAGAAAACUCUAGAAGGCUGUAAAGAAGAGUAGUGUGCACCAGGAUUAAUUCCCUUCUUAAGUAUCAAAAGAACCCUGAAACAAAUCACACCAUUACGAAGGUUUUCAUGAUUUGGUUUCCUUUCUAAAAAUGAAGCUUUCUCACCCAGCUGCAUUUGGAGGUGAUCUACUUAUUAUUCAGUCUCUACCUCUUACCCACC